AUGUAUACCCCACCACCAUACUGGUCGCUUAGCUAUGGCUCGGUAGCAGGCGUUGAUGAUACGUUGAUAAUUAAACAUUCGGCGUCUUCUCGUGCGCGCAGUACCGGCCGUUUCAACAGCGCAUCGAGUAGCAACAGCAACAGCAAUAGCGACAACAGUGCCAAUACGCCAUCUACCGUCAACUUUGCCGAGUCCUAUCGUUCGUCCGUGGAUGAAGAUGGAGGUGGAAGCACCAGCUCAUUAUGCCAGCACCUUUCUGAGGAGCAAUUCGACAUUAUCGAUGAACUGGACUACGAAGACGUAGACGACAUGGGGCUGAUCGACCGCGAGCUCUCGCAUCGGAAUCGUGAAGCACUUGUUCAACAACUGUACAACUUUGAGCAGGACUAUCUCGAAUCCUUGGAUCAACUCGUAUCGUUGUUCAUGCAGCCCCUACGCAAAUAUGCGCAGCAACCAUCGUCAAACUUUAUUGGCAUGAAAAAAAUAAUUUGUACCGAGCAUGAGAUCCAACGGCUCUUUGGCAACGUUGAAAACAUACUUGAGACACAACGAGAAAUCCUCUCGACCCUUGAUCUACGUAUAUAUUCACCGUACCUUGACAACUACGAUAACGCAGUUACGACAUAUGAAAGGUUAAGAGGUUACCAGCCGUUUCGGAAAUUCACAGAAGUACAACCAUCACUCAAAGACGGCAUGACGUUACUCUCACUGUUACAGCUCCCUGUACGGGCAAUCAAUCGACAUGCACAACGUAUUAGUGAGCUUGCAGACGCCACACCACCAUUACACCCGGACUACGUUGGACUUCGAAUGUGUAGACGCCGUGUGCUCCGUCUCGUAGAAGAAUUUCAAACAAAAGUAGAUGAUGCAGAAAACGUUGACCGAGUGCUUGCAAUUCACAGAUCAUUGUCUGGUGCUCCAUUCACAAUCAGAAAAGGUAGACGAUUAGUGCUACAAGCCGAAUUAUCACGGACACACGCGCAUUCUCGGGUCAUAGGCGCGAAGCGAGUCUAUAUCUUAUUCUCGGAUUUUCUUGCCUUUGCUCGACCGCGACAGCAUAACGGCACUCUGCAGUACAAGGGACACUUGAAUUUAGAAAGGGCUCUUGUGAAACUCAUGGCGCGUGAAGAAGCUAGUGGGCGCCAGUAUUGUAUAGGGAUCACGCCAUUGUAUCAAGGCGUUGAUAUAGUAGAUACUACCCUUAUGCAAUACCCGGCAAUUCAUGUUAUACAACUGAAUAACGAGCAAGAACAACAUGAAUGGUUAGAGAAGCUAACCAUGGUAAUAAAUAAGUUGAAUAGUCGAGCAGACAGAAAGCAAAGCGCCAGCAGCAGCAACAGUAGCAGUAGCAGUAGGUGUGAUUUAUAG